GAGAGAAUGAACAGCGAAGAUGAGGAACAAAAUCUUCUUCUGACUGAAUUCAGAUGGAAAAAGAUCAAGCCGAGUAUCUUUAUCCUCAGCAUUGCUGGGAGUCUGUUCGGGCUGUUUGCCUUAUUUGCUUUGGCAGAGAUGAUACUAGCUUUUAUAGCUAAUACACAUAUCUUUGGCUUCAUAGUUGGCCUAAUUCAGUUUGCUACCUGAAUUAUUCUUGUCAUUAUCCUUGUCAUAUAUUAUCGAAAGUUAGGGUUACAGACAUGGAUGUGGAAGGCACUUUACGUCCUAUCUGCAGUCUCUGUUUUGGGGUUCGUGCUUGUGCUUUGCUUCUUGUGAAUUAAGAUUAUGAAUUUUAGCCAACCUCCUCUUAAAAGAGGAACAGUUGUAGUGAAUACUGAAUUCAACAAGGAAUGUCUUGAUGCUAUAAAUUUAUGUUCGAAGACAACUCCUCAGUCGAGAAUAAAAUAUUCUGCAACUUUUGAUAAGGAUCAAGGGCAUUACUACGUUCAGACUUCUCAUACUGAUUGGUUUUUAGGAUUCAUCACCGACGGGCUGUAUGAGAUUACAGUGGAAGAAAAGGAAGCUGAAGGGAAGGAAAAGAAAUGCUUUACGGAAAACAACGAAAUCUGUGUGUAUGCCACUUGUUAUAAGAGAAUCUCAGCAGUUGGAACAAAAUGAGGCAAUCUUUGGAGUAGCUUUGAGGAAUGUCUAAAGACUAAGCCCAACCCUAAUAAACAAGAUGAGCGGUGGCAGAAGUGAUUGGGCAAUCCAUAA